UGGCGUGCUCGAAACAAAUUGUGUCAUAUGCGAAAGAGCACAAAGAGGUGGGUGGUUUCGUUGUGAUGUCACUAUAAUUCCACCUCUUCGAUCGAACCUGAACAAAACAAACAAACAAACCCAUGGCUACGACGAGCUCCGGGAGGUUAAUCGCCGGUGUAAAGGCGUCAAUCGGCUCAAUCGAACCGCGUGACGCGAAACCAGCUCCAUCCAUUUCCCUAAUCUGUCGAAAUCAAAUCAACGGUGCACCGCGUAUCGUGUUGCGGUCCUCUCGAAGAAACAGGCAAUGGUUAAUAGAGGCGGUUCCUCCGGCGAAAUCCUGGCUCGGAUCUGACGAUGGCGGAGACAUCAAGAAGAAAACAGAGGCGCGUAACUGCGCGGUCGGUGGUCACGCGGUUGCCGGAAAAGAUGAUAAGACGACGGAGAUAGCUAUAGCAGCGGCGAUCACGGCGGCGCUGGGCGUUGGUAACCGCGUAUUGUAUAAGCUAGCUCUUAUGCCUCUCAAACAAUAUCCCUUCUUCCUCGCGCAGCUCUCCACUUUCGGGUAUGUAGCUGUAUACUUUACGGUCUUGUUUUUCAGAUACCGAGCUGGAAUUGUUACAAAAGAGAUGCUAUCAGUUCCUAAACUUCCAUUUUUAAUUGUUGGCGUCUUGGAGUCUCUUUCUCUUGCUGCUGGGAUGGCGGCUGCUUCGAAUCUCUCUGGACCAUCUACUACAGUUUUAUCUCAGACAUUUCUUGUCUGGCAAAUUCUCUUCUCCAUUAUUUUUCUCGGGAGGAGAUAUAGAAUAAAUCAAAUAUUGGGAUGUACUCUUGUAGCAUUUGGUGUAAUCAUCAGUGUGGCAAGUGGAUCUGGUGCCGCUCAUUCAUUUAAAGAUACAGGAAUACUUUGGAGUCUUCUUAUGGUGUUUUCUUUUCUACUUCAAGGAGCAGAUACAGUUAUGAAGGAAGUCAUCUUUCUAGAUAGCAAAAAGCGAUUGAAGGGUGCUUCACUUGAUCUGUUUGUUGUAAACUCAUAUGGUUCAGUUUUCCAAGUCAUAUGCAUUGCGUUACUUCUUCCUUUUCUUUCAAAACUUUGGGGCAUACCGUUUAACCAACUACCGAGCUAUAUCAGAGACGGGGGUGCUUGCUUUCUGAACAUUGGUUCUAGAGUAACAGGAUGCGAAGGUGCUCCCCUUCUUCCUGUAAUGUUUGUCAUGAUGAACAUGGCUUACAACAUCUCCCUUCUACGCCUCAUCAAGAUCUCAUCUGCAGUUGUUUCGUCUCUGGCAUCCACCGUUUCAGUGCCCAUAGCGGUGUAUUGUUUCACGCUUCCCCUACCGUACCUUGGGGUCGCAUCCACACUUCCAACGGGGUUUGUUGCAGGCACAGUCAUCCUUGUACUUGGCAUGCUUCUAUAUGCUUGGACACCAUCUACUAAUACAUCCGUUUCGAUUAUCCCCUCGCCCCCAUCCACCUAACGGCAGGAAAACUGGUUUUGUAACUUCGUUUGGUUUCCUUCUGUCUUUCUCAUUGUGUAGCCUUUGCCCCUUUUUCUCUUGUCAUUGUAGCAUUUGCCAUUUUUUUGUCAAUUAGGGAAUAAGUUGUAAAGCUCAUUUGACAAAAUAAAGAAUUUUCGUGAUUUUAUGCAUUCUUUACAAAACAA